AUGUCUAUCAACCUAUCUUCCAGCGAAACCGUGAAAUUGGAGCAAGAACACUCUGCUCACAACUACCACCCACUUCCUGUGGUCUUCCAGCGUGCUUCUGGCGCCCAUGUUUGGGACCCAGAGGGAAAAGAGUACUUGGACUUUUUGUCGGCUUACUCUGCUGUCAACCAAGGUCACUGUCACCCAGAAAUUAUCGCUGCGUUGGUUGACCAGGCUUCCAAGCUAACGCUUUCCUCGAGAGCGUUCUCCAACGACGUUUUCGCUGCGUUUGCCAAAUACGUCACCGAAUACUUCAACUACGAAAUGGUUUUGCCCAUGAACACCGGUGCCGAAGCCGUUGAAACCGCUUUGAAACUUGCCAGACGUUGGGGUUACACUAAGAAAAACAUCCCAGCUAACGAGGCCAUCAUUUUGGGCGCUCACAGCAACUUCCACGGCCGUACUUUCGGAGCCAUCUCCCUCUCGACUGACGAUGACUCGCGUAACAACUUUGGUCCUUUCUUGGAAAACACCACCGCCAAGAUCCCAGGUGGAAACGGCGAAUACAUCCGUUACGGUGUUGUCGAAGACGUUGAACGCGCUUUCAAGAACGCCGGUGACCGCAUUGCUGCUUUGAUUUUGGAACCUAUUCAGGGUGAAGCUGGUAUCGUUGUUCCAGACAAGACCUACUUGACCGAAGUUCAGAAAUUGUGUCGCCAAUACAACGUUUUGCUAAUCUGCGAUGAAAUUCAGACUGGUAUUGCCCGUACCGGUAAGAUGUUGUGCUACGAACAUUCUCCAGAUGUGAAGCCUGACAUGGUUCUUUUGGGUAAGGCCAUCUCUGGUGGUGUUCUACCAGUCUCGUGCGUUUUGUCCUCCAAGGACAUCAUGCUAUGUCUAGAGCCAGGUUCCCACGGUUCUACUUACGGUGGUAACCCAUUGUCCUCUCGUGUGGCCAUUGCUGCUUUGGAAGUGGUGAGAAAGGAGAACUUGGUUCAAAAGGCUCAAGAAUUGGGUGACUACUUGCAAAAACAACUUUUGGAGCUACAGGCUUCUGCUGGCGGUAUCAUCUCAGAAGUCCGUGGUAAGGGUUUGUUGACCGCUAUUGUUAUCGACCCAAAGCACGCCAACGGUAGAACCGCUUGGGAUCUAUGUUUGCUAAUGAAGGACCAAGGUGUCUUGGCCAAGCCUACCCACGAGCACAUUAUCAGAUUGGCUCCACCUUUGGUUAUCUCCAAGGAAGACUUGGACAAGGGUGUUGACGCCAUCAAGAAGUCUUUGGAAUUGCUUCCAACCGCUGAAAAAUCUGCUCAUUAA